AUGCCUGAGAAAUCACUACAUUUGACCGCAUUCAUGCGGCCGGUCAGCUUACACACCGGCGCAUGGCGAUACCCCGGCGCCUAUCCAGACGCCAAUUUCAAUCUCACCCAUCUCAAAUCCUUCAUCAAGAAGCUAGAAGAUGCCAAAUUCGACGCCUUCUUCAUGGCCGAUCACCUCGCCGUGCUGAACAUGCCCGUUGAGGCGCUUAAACGCAGCCACACCGUGACAUCCUUCGAGCCGUUCACUCUACUCUCGGCGCUAUCAGUUGUCACAGAGAAGAUUGGGCUCGCGGCCACAGCAUCCACGACUUACGAUGAGCCCUACCAUAUCGCGCGACGCUUCGCCUCGCUGGAUCAUCUCAGUGGCGGCCGCGCGGCUUGGAACAUCGUCACCACCGGUAAUCCGGAGUCUGCGAAGAACUUCGGACUAGAUGCACACGUGGAACACGCUGAUCGCUACAAGCGUGCCCGAGAGUUCUACGAUGUCGUUACCGGGUUAUGGGAUAGUUUUGCUGAUGAUGCCUUCAUCCGCGAUCAAGAGACCGGUGUCUACUUUGAUCCGGAGAAGUUGCAUGUUCUCGACCACAAGGGCGAUGAUCUGAAAGUGAGGGGGCCCCUGAAUAUCGCGCGGCCGGUUCAAGGCUGGCCUGUGAUUGUUCAAGCGGGACAGUCCGAGCCAGGAAAACAGUUGGCGGCGGAAACGGCCGAAGCGGUCUUCUGCUCGCCGAGAGAUUUGGAGUCGGCAAAGGCGCUGUAUGCGGACGUCAAGGGCCGUGCAGUGGCAGCUGGUCGGGAUCGUAGCCAUAUCAAGAUCCUGCCGGCCGCCUUUGUCGUCGUUGGUGACAGUGUGGAAGAGGCCAGGGCCAAGCGCCUCAAGCUCGACAGUCUAGUCCACUACGACAGCGCCAUUGCCUCCUUGUCCAUUGCUCUGGGAACGGAUGCGUCCGGCUUUGAUCCAGAUGGUCCACUACCGACGGAUAUUCCGGAGACUAAUGCGAGCAAGACAGGCCGUGCUGGCGUCCUGAAGCUUGCCGAGGAUGAGAAGUUGACCGUCCGGCAGCUUGCACAGCGAUAUGGUGGCUACUCGGGGCUUGCCUUUGUUGGUACCCCUGAAUCGAUCGCGGAGGAAAUGGGUACCUGGCUAGCCGAGGAGGGCGCUGAUGGUUUCACUGUCGUUUUCCCAUUCCUGCCGCAGGGGCUGGACGACGUUGUUGAACGACUGGUACCUGAGUUGCAGCGUCGUGGCCUUUUCCGUCAGGAUUAUGAAGGGUCUACUUUAAGAGAGCACCUUGGUCUUCCACGUCCGAAUAAUCGGUUCUUUUCGUAA